CGUCUGCUCCGAGGUAGUUGGCAGACGCUUACAGACAGACAGGAUAAGCAGGCUAAAGUUAAGAAGCUCCGCAAGCGCAAGCUGUAUACCUAGAUUCCUAAAUAUAUUGCCGCUAUAUACUCAUGUAUCAACAGUCAAAAUCUAAGAUACGUUUUCUUCGGAAGCUGCUUAUUAUAGAUCGAAAAGAAAGUAAACGUAUUUGUGUGCUUUGAGAACAGGUGCAACAAAUGCAAUUAAUAUUUAUUUAUCAUCAUAGCAACAAUCUGUUCUCCAGAAUAGAAAUUGAUUUUUACUGGUCCUAUGGAAAACAUCAAAAUUUACCUGCAAGGGGACGAAACUAAGUGAUUCUUAAAGAAGGCGCCGUUGGUGCUCUCGGUUUGUUGAAACACUUUUCGAGCACAACUCGUUCUCAGCGAAACCACACGAACAGCUGAUAAGCGGCUGGUAGUAAUGGUAAAGAUUGAGCUUCAUGACAUUUUUUUAAUGCGAAGCUUUAUUACGUUGAGAUCCACAUAAACAUGACCAUGAAGGCCGCUUCGUCAGGAAAUGUGGCUGAGUCACCUAUAUCAUGCAUCUUCUUCGCUGAAUUCGAUCCAAAGGUUGGACCAAAAAUUACAUUCCAGUAUCCAGAGAACUAUGUGCAAAAAGAAGCCUUUGAUUUACUCAAAGUAUACCUCAUCCCAAAGGAAGAACUUCAACACAAGCUUAUUACGAUUAACAUGUGUUCCAUGAAGAUUCUUGGCUUUCCCGCCGGAAUUAAAGAUGACAAAUAUGAACGUAACCAGCUGAUGUUUAAUUUGUGUUUCGUGUGUUCGGUGGAUAUGCGGACAAUUCAGUACGAGGCUAUCGUCCGUAAAUUAGCCCACUAUCUUGUCACGCUGGAAAGAGAAAGCCAACUUAUAUCGAAUCCUAAGAUGAAACCUCGUUUACUUGAAAUCAUCAGUAGAGUCCGCCAUGAUCUCGAUGUGAAGAGGAGUGCUUCGAUUCAAGUCACCCCAGCAACGACAAUCUAUCUAAAAGUGAAUCGUGUGCACGCAGACCCACAGGAUGUACAUGAUCAUCAUGUGGCCGUCUUCACUGAAAAUCGUCCUGCCGUACCACCCGCCCAGUGGGACCUAACGACACAGCGAAUUCUUCCUUUGAUUGAUGGUUUUCGGCACGUACUCCAAAUUGCCCAGGAGUCAGAUGUGGAUAUUGACCUAGUGAAGGCCUGUUUGCGUAAUUUAAUCUACUAUGAUGUUAUCAAAAUUAUCCCUCUAUUUCUUUAUUCGGCCAUUUAUGUGGCGACUCCUCUCAUGCAGAAGCUCUACACAGACAGACAUUUACAGGCGGACUGCGUGCACAACGUUCAGUAUGGAACGAGUAACCAGCCAACAUUUAGAGACAUUUUCUCCAUUUACGCUAGGUUCAAUAGCUACUACACGGUGGCCGAUAUCUGCAACCUCAUGAAACCGCGACAAAAGUCUAUAGAUGAACGCAAGCUUGUACAGUUUGGUGUUAUUCAUGGAUUGAUUAAGAGACUGCACAAGUUUCCAAUUGAUGAGAGCGUCCAAAGAUGUGAACGCACUGUAAUUAGGCCUCAUCAAGGACCUCCGGAGGGGAUCCGCCAAUACUUCACUGGCGAAUUUAGUUUUGACCAGAUUUGCUGUAAAACUGGCCAUACCUAUCAUGAACUUGAAGAGAUUAUUGAGAAAGAGAACCUGAUCUCAGUUUGCGUCAAAAGCCAAGAGGACGCUUAGUAUAAAAGGGUGCAAAUCUGAACUCUACUCUGUGAUUAUUCAGUUUCGUUGCAUUUGCUAACAGAUUUCUCCACAGCUGUGGGAACAGCGUGUGAUAAGUUACCAGUUAUCAGUCCAAGAAUGAUCCCACCUAGCCGUUUUACUUUUGCUCACUGUGACAUGCGUAGAAGACCUUAAUAGUACUUUUGACUUUUAAACAACGUUAAUAGUAUACUGAGUUUGUUUUCUCAUGCGGUAGAAAAAAUGAAGAAAAGCCUCCCCAGGAUUCACUACAUAUUCCUAGAGAAAAUAAAAUUUAGAAGGGGGUUCAAAGUAAAAUUAUCGGUGCCAAUUACUCAAAACCUUUUACGUAAAAAAUAUGGGACUAGAAACAAAAAGCACAUGGACAAUUCCCAACACAAGUCGCUUGAUCAAGCAGACAGGCAACGUAAAAAUGCAGUCAGUCGUAUGUUAUUAUCGGAUUUAACAAACGGUGAUUAUGGAAACUCCGAAAAGAACCUGAAAAAACCGAACGUUUUCGCUUACCUUCGUUAAAUAAUAAUAUUAGGUCCAUUAUUGUAAUUUCUAAUCAUCGAAGGCACAUUAUUAGUUACUAAUAGUUAUUAUAUUUAGUAUACUAUUCAAGAUUGUCAUACAUACAAUAAAUAAACAUAGACGGAAAAUGGCUUCUCAGCGAGUUACAUUAUCAGUAUCAUCAUAACGAUUAUAAAUUCACAAGUGUUUAGUCUAUAAACUAAAACAUUCUGUAUCUCUGCCACGUCGUAAAUGAGAUAGCUAGGGAAAUCUGAAUUAUUGUAUAUAUAUAAAACACUAUGUAAAUAAAACGUAUUAUAAUUGUUUCAAAUUAUUUAUUAUAUUUUCACUAAUAUGCUCAUGCUAUAACUUAUAAUUUAUAAUUCAAACGAUGCAGAAGCGCUGUGAAGACAGUUCCGGCGU